AUGCGUUUCAAUACCAUCAUCGUAUACCUUUCGGCUUUGGCUGGAGUAUCGUUGGCUGCUGCCAUCGAAGAACGCCAGGCACCACCAGCGCCAGCACCUCCAGGUGCCGCCCCUCCAACUCCUAAAGUUAUUCCUGUAGUCGUUGGCAGUCCUACUCGCGAGAAAUCGUUGUUAUUCUACCCGGAAAUUGUCAGGGCAAAUCCCGGAGACAUCGUCCAAUUCCAGUUCUGGCCCAACAACCAUACCGUUACUCAAGCAGCCAACCCCCAAGCGCCGUGCCAGCCCUUGCAGGAUCAAGUGCCCACGGCAGUGCAUAGUGGCUUUAUCCCAGGCGUCACUGACGGCUCCCCUGUUGGCACCUUCAACGUACAAGUUGAAAACACUGAGCCGAUGCUCAUGUACUGCGCUCAAGGGAUGCACUGCCAGCUCGGCAUGGUUAUGAUUAUCAACCCUAAGGCGGAUGCGGAUGUGCAGGCAUAUAGACAGGCCGCCCAGGGGUCGCAGUCCAACGUUCCGGCGAAGAACAUCGCCGGAGGUUCUCAAGGACGCAUCCCUUCAAACCUCGCUGUCCCUCCAGUUGUUUAA